ACAGCUACGUAAACCAAAACGGUGGUCCGAAGAGUUCCUCGAUCGAGCAACGAGACGAAACUAAAACAAGAUUUCACGAAUCCUCGGAGUACGCGACAGACACAGAAGAGAUUAGCAUGCCACAGGGUUCGCGGAACCGCAGGAAUCGUAGGGGGCGCAACAGAAGACGGUUCCAGCGUGCCGAGAGAACGCCGAAAGAGGACGAUGAACACCCGGAAAACGCGGAAAUUCGCGAGGAUCCGGCAACGAACGAGUCACUAGAGAAAACGAUCGAAACCGAACCCGACGAUGAUCAAACGAUACGUGCCAAAGAAGCAGCGGUGAAACGACUGAAAGAGGAGAGGCAACGAAUCGAGAAACGGAAUUUGAACUCCGAAGUGAGGGUUAUCGAGGUGAAGACGAUCAGUAGCCUACCGCUGGCUGCGAAGAUCGAUCACAUUCCGGGAGUGGGUAUUUUGGAGAUCGGUAGAAAGGACAGUGUGGAAGGUGUGGUGACGAUUUCCGAGCCAGCGGAAUUGUUUUCGUCGAUGAAAAGAACGGUCGAAGGCUUGAAGAUCCACGAUGUCAGCGACUGCGACGUGGAGGCUGACAGUGUUCGACCGGUGAUCGUGGAAAUGGAGACGGAUUUGGAAGACUCGAUGCGCGUCUGGGACACCGUGAUGCCGAAGGAGGUGGAGGGGAAGCUGAGGAGCUUCAUCGAAGGCCUGAAACUGCCCCCUUAUUGCGAGGAGGAGACAUGCAGGCAGGAAAGAGUUAGCUCGACGUGCAAGAAGGUUAGGAAACGCGGGAAUCACGAACACUGUCAGGCGAACAGGUUCCUAGACAUCAUACAGGAAGAGGGUGAGAAACUGUCUGAAGACGAGGAGCAGCAUAUUAGAGACUUCAUUAAUGAAGAGAUCAGCAAAUAUCGGAGGGAGGAACGACCGUCUAAUGGGAGGCGGAGGAAUUCGGGGGAUAAGGAGCUGGCAACGAAAGACGGGACCGAUAGUCAGUAUGCAAUGGAGGAAGACGAAGAAUCGGAUGGGAAAAUUAUGAGAAGUGAGUUUAACAGCGAUGAAAGACAAGAAAAUUUAGAAAAAGCUCGUCAAAUAUACGAAGAGUCCGGAAUAGAAGUAUUAAAAUUCAGGAACACCGUUGCUGAAACGUUGAAACAUGAAGUGACAUUGAAUAGCAUGGAAGAAAACUUUAAUAAAGUGUUAAUGUUCCAAGAAGAGAAUAAACUGAAGCCUGAAAUGAAAUGGACGGAGAAUUCAAUAAAGAUAACUGUUAUUGAUGUGGAUGCUGUAGAAUUAACGGAAGAUAUGCCGGAAGUAUCAGAGGCAGCUGAUGAAACGACAGAAGAUUCAGGGAUAGAAAUAUUGAAAUGCAUGAAGCCCGACGACGAAACAUUAGAAAGCGAAGAGAUGGAACUGAGCAACUCUGCAAAAAAUAUUAAUGAGUUAUUGGAAUUGAAAGAAGAGAAAGCGACGCCUGAAGAGGAGAAGAAGGAACAUGUUAUAAAAUGCAAUGUGCUUAAUGUGAACGAUGCAGAAUCAGUUAAAGAGAUGACGGAAAAAUCACAGGCUAUCGACGAAACAGAAGAAGAUUUAGAGGGGGGAGUAUUAACAUUUAUGGAACCCGACGAUGAAACAUUAGAAAACGAAGAAAUGGAAAUAAAUAGCACUGAGAGAAAUUCCAACGAACAAUUAGAACUUAAAGAAGAUAAAGAAUUGAGGGCAGAAGUGAAAAGAGAGGACAAUAUUUUAGAAAUAAAUGUAACUGGCGUAGAAAAUGCUGAAUCGACUGACAAAGUGGCCGAACUUCAGCGCGAAAGCACAGAAUCGCAGUUAAUUAACGAAGUAACAGAAGAAUCAGAGACAAAGACAUUAAAAUUCAAGGAAGUUGAUGAUCCUAAAUCAGGCCGAGGAAGUUUAAAAAUGAUUGAUGAGAAACUAAAUGAGACAGUAAAAGAUGAAGAACUGAAAGUGAACAUUAAAGACGUAAAUUUAGACAAACGAUUGGAAUUAAAAGACGAGGAAGAAUUAAAGCCCGAAGUGAAGAACGAGGUUCACAUUGAAGAUACAAAUGCUACUUAUAACGAAAUAGCAGAAUCAACCGAUAAAAUGACGGAGUCUCGGCUUGAAAUCGAAAAAAUGGAGACAAUAUCACAGUUAGAUGUCGAAAUCAAAGAAGACGUAGACACAGAAACAUUAGAAAUGAAGAAAGCUGAUGAAGCAUCCACUAAAGAUAUUGUAUUGAAAGAUGAGUCUUCAUUGAAUUCUGAAAGUGAAGCAAAUGUUAACGAAGAAUUAGAACUAAAACAGAAGGAAAACAAAACAGUUUGUGUAAAUGCCAUCGUACCAGUUGAACAAGUAACAUCACAGUUAAAAAUUGAAGAGAGAAAGGAUUUGAACAACGAUCCAAAUAUUUCCAAUACACAAUUAAAGGAGUUGAAAGUAGAGCAGACAGAAGAAAUCAAAGAGUCGCUCUUAUUGAAACCAUCAAAAAGCGAUACUAAGGAAAACCUGUUAGAAAGUCCAUCACUAGAAACUGAGAUUAUUACUGUAAAGGGCAACGAAUCCAGUCUAGAAGACGAAAUACACACGAAGUCUGAGUUAGAAAUAAACAAUGUGGCAGUGACGAAGGAACGGCGACCUCCAACGCCGCCAAAGAGGUCGUCUAGUCUGUCAGACGUUGAUUUACAAGAAAAAUCUCGAGACCCUCCGGUCCCUCCAGCCAGAAUAAUUUCAACUGAUCCUCCACCUAGUCGCCCGCCUCUGCCAGCAGAAAAUUUGGCAAUAGAUAAGAAUCCGAGCAUCGUUAGACGUUUAUUGACAAUUAUAUCGAGCAGUGACGCGACCGUCGAGAAUAUUCGCGAUGCUUUGAGGGAGGUGACGGCGUCGGCGCUACCCGAGAAUCUCCGCGAGAUCAUCGAUGAUCUAAGGGCCCACGGGAUCAGGAAUUUCCAAAGUGACAGCAUCGCUUCAUUGCAUAAUCGUCUUGGCAAUGGCGUGAGUCCUGAAAUAACGUGUGACUGGUUGGCCGAAAAGUCGCGCGAAAAAUGGGUGAUACCCGAGUCGUCGACAGCACGUCGCGCUGAACGAACAACGAUGGCCGAAAAAUCGCCGAAGAAUCUUCCAGAAUAUCUGAAAGUUACUGAAAACAAAGGCAACGAGGCAACUGCUUCGAAGGACAGCGAAGAAGAAUUCGAAGAGAUCUACAAAUCGACCGAACAAGUGGACACGGAAAAGUUUGAACUCAGAGACUCUUCCAGCAGCGCGACUUCUCUGAGCACUGUGAAGUAUAAUCCUAUGGAGGAUUGGCAGGCUGACAUUUGCUCUAUAAUAGCCGAAGAAGCUAGGAAAAGUAGAGAAAGGGACUUGGACUCUUCUAGUUUGAAAAGCAAACUUUCGUUACUGAAAGCUGAGGAAUCAGAUAUGUUAAAUGGAGAAAAAGUGUCCCCAGAACCCAUACCCUAUUCGCCUGUGGAGGAUCUAUACUACGUUCCCCUGGAUUUUGGCAGUAGUUCAGUAAGAAAUCAGUCGGAAAACAUCGCCUGGCCCGAAUCCCUGAAGGAUCUCUGUAUAAAACGAAUCUUAAUGAUGCCCUAUGGCUUGCAAAUAAUCAACGAGAUAACAGUACCCAAGUUUAACAUCUUUAAAAGCCUCCGCUCUAUCCCGAGUGUGCACGAGACGGCUGUACUAACACCUGACGCUCGGAAAACCACUGUUUCAGAGCGGAGCAACCUAGGAACUAUGAGCAAAGUCAGCGCAGAGAGUUGGCUGGGCCUGUCCACUUCAACGGACCCCCGGCUACUCGUCUGUUUGUCGCCGUCCCAGCAAAAGACCGCGAUUAAAACUACUCCCGAUAACUUGCUGAACCUUCACGCGAAGUUCCUGAACAGACACAGGUACCACGAGAACGCAUCACCUUGCGUUGCAGUUCCGAAGUACAAGAUCGAUGUGAAAAAGUCUGAAACAGACAGACCGACCAGGCUGCUCGAGAUUCUGAAAGAGAACUCGAGCCAGCCGAAAGUGACGCCCGAAGAUCCGUCCAAGCGUUCAGGCGGUGACAAAGGUCAGCGUCUGAAGGUCACCCAGCUCCGUGACUGGUUGAACCUAGCUAGACGCGACAUCUCCAGUCACGCGACGUCUCUCUCCAACGAUUUAUUAAUAGAACCGUCGGGUGAGGGAGUACAGGCUGAUAACCGUGAUAGUAAUCGGUCGAACGUCGCGAAAGUGACUAGUCUCGGCGUGAAUUCGCCAGAAAAAAGCACAACGCCUUUCAGAAGGAGUCCCAUCACUCUGAACAGCGCUCUGAUCGAGAAAACUCCGGGCAUGCCGGACACUGGAGGCAAGAAAACGCCUCGAAGGAUCAUAGAGCCCCGGCAUGGUGUCAAUCCAGCUCUAAUAGACGACAGAGUCGAGGUGCCAGCGCCAGCGAAACGCGUGGUGAACGUGGACAGAUCUUGCAUCGACACAACCAGUAUUUUCGACCAGAGCCCGGCCAGAAAGCAUCUGGAGCCGCGAAAAUAUAAGAACGAAGAGGAUCUGAAGCAUGUGACUGCUACGGAGAUCCUGGAGAGCCUGAAGAAACUUGAGACUGACGAUCUCAGGAAGCCAUAUCUGCCGGGAGAGUAUUUGGUGGAACGAUUAAGGUACAUCGAAUUGCUGGAGAAUCAACUGAAGAAUGUUCUGUUGGCUGAAGAGGAAGAGAAAGAGGCGUUCGAGGAUUUUCAGACACUGAAGAAGACGCAAGAGACAGGCGCCAGUACCUCUAAAAAUGACGCCAAGGUUGAGAGUCAAAGCUGGAGCGAAAAGUCCUCGAACCUAGACAAAGAUCAUUCUGAGAUGAUCGACAAACACGGACAGAGGGAUCUAAAGACGGAAGUCCGUCAAGGAGAUGGUUUUCGCGAGGAGGAAUCCACCGAGCAUAUCGAAAGUGUGGUGAUCACCAAGAAAGAAGAUAGAAACGGGCAGAAGUCGGAUGAUACUCGAAAGGGCGGGAAAUUAGAGAACUCGGAGGCAUUUCGUCAACGUAUGUACGAGGAGUACGUGCACAAAGUUCUCGAGAGGGAGGAAAGGAAGCUUCACAAGGUGGUCAAGAUCAGUACACACGAGGACAUUCAUAGGCCGGAUGAGAAAUUGGAAAAAAAUGGCACAAACGUCGAGAUGGAAUUUAUCACGAAGGCGAGAAACAGGCUGGACAAAUUCGGAAUUAAACUGGACGAGAGUGAAUCGGAAGUUGAGAAAGAUUCUGUGGGAAAAGAGGAAGUGAAGAAGAAGUGUCUGAUCGAUGGACGGGAAUUCGACGACGCGAGAAAAUUGCCGAAGCAUCUUCAAGAAUUCCUGAAAAUGCCCGACGACGGCGUUUGGUCCCCUGGAAGCGAGCCACCACCACCGCCGAAGGAACCAAGUCCCGAUCAAAGAGAGUCCGAGAAGAAUGCUGGAAUUCCACCAGUCUGGACACCUUCUAGCGCUACCGCCAGCCCCGUUCCAGAGAAAAAAGAAUUUCGCCCCGUGCAAUUCGAAAGUCCGAUUCUAAGUCGAAAAAAGCUGCCACAGCAAGAAGUGACACACGAGGCUCCACCGCCCUGGGAAGCAGAAGGGAAAAAGCACACCAUAGAAACUAGUUACGACAGCAGUUCCCGAAUUGUUAAUUCUCAUUCAGCCCCGUCGCAAGGAUUAAAUUCUUUGGCUUCGACGACUCGUUUGCCCCGUGCUCAGAAUCCGACUAUCACAUUGCUACAGAAAGCUCGAGAGGGACAAUUACCGAAAGGGACAGCUUAUCUAGAAGAAAACGAAACAGUGAAACGUCCACCGAGCGACGAGAGGCCGCUAAUCAGUCCAGGUGAAAUAAUCUACACCGUGAAGAAAGAGUACGAGAGCGAGCCGGAAACGGAAAGCGAACCGCCGAAGAAGAUGGCCGAUUUGGGUCCUCGUAAAUUCGAGGGUAUUGGCCCAACAACUAAGGAGGGUAUCCCUCUUGUGUUAAGAUCGGAAGUGAAGGAGAAUAACCAAACAAAAUGGUACAAGAAAAUGUACGACUCAUUGCAUCGCGCGGAGAAAAACGAUGAUUACGUAACCAUUCGUUACAAACCAAGAAGAGGGACGAGGUACGGUUACGGAAGUGGUUACCUAAGCGAACCGGAACAUCGCUUGUACUCGGAACGUUCUGCAACGAUUGAUAGCCAUCGACGCCUGCGCAACAAGGAAAAUGACUUCUCCACGUCUACUAUGCCCAGAAAAAAUGGAACGUUGAAGUUUUCUUCAGACGUUUACAAGAAUCAGCCAGGACGAAUCGAGGACUACGAGCCAGGACGAUCGUCUAUCGCCGAAAAGGAAGCCAAAGAGUGGUGGGACGAGGUCAUGGACAUAUUUGACGGGUGGUUGCACGACAACGGACAUCCUCAGGGUACAGGGUUGGAGGAUCUUCGGAACGGACAGCUGAGCUAUCGUGGUCUCAGUGACAAUCCGUUCGAUCAACGCGACAAUCGUCCAGCGAAACCGUAUAUGACACAUGCUCUCAAAGAAUCUGGCUACGAAAGUGACUCGACGCUGGUAUUCCGUCGCAAAGAGGAUAUAAGUCCACUGAGCCAACUCGAACAAAGAUUGGCUUACAAAACCGUGCAGAGCGGUGGUGACGUACCCCUUCAUGGAUUCCGCAAACCAGCCCCUGAACGGCCGAAGGAAUACUCGAUCGCACCCCCGCCGCCACCAAAAUCUCAACAUCACAGAGACGACAGCCAAGAAUCACCGAGGCGUUACGUGGAGGGCGAGGUGACCAUCCACUACCGUUCGCCAGUGCGUACAGAGGCGAAAGAGCCACUGAGCGAGGAAGAGCUCGCUCGUCGGAGCGCGGAGAAUAUGCGACGCGUUUAUCAAGAAGAACGUCGUCGCAAAUAUCUCCAAGAACUGCAUGACAUCGAUUCACGACGACAUACCGAUAACUUCAUACCAUCUCAGAAAUCACCGAUUCCUCUGAACCGUUACGACGACUUUGUCGACGAUCUCAGCCACAGAAGCAGAUCCCAGGAGCAAACACCGGAACCACGUCUCGUAGCCAGGGCACUUUACAACUUUAUCGGACAAUCUUCGAGAGAAUUGAAUUUCCGUCGCGGUGACAUAAUAUUUGUGCGUCGCCAGGUAGACAAGAACUGGUACGAAGGGGAGCAUAAUGCCAUGAUCGGAUUGUUCCCGUCGAAUUAUGUUGAGAUUUUACCGUACGAUGGCAUGCGAACAACACCAAAGAAACCUUACGAGGGACAGGCACGAGCUAAGUUCAAUUUCGUUGCUCAGACGAAUCUGGAACUGUCGCUAGCCAAAGGGGAGCUCGUUGUUUUGACGAGAAGGGUGGAUGAAAACUGGUACGAAGGACGCAUCGGAAACAGAAAAGGAAUUUUUCCUAUAUCUUACGUGGAAGUUAUCACGGAGCCUGGGCAUAGAUCAGAAACGCCAACACAGAACAAGCCAGUUGCUUCCCCAGCGGCGCACAGCCUCUUGGCUAAUGGAUCUGCUGGAGGAAAAAUGAGUAUGGGACCCCACCACUACAUGCCGUCCAUACCAGUUAAUAUAAACACAACCCAGCCCCACUAUAACUCACUGCCACGUAUGGGAGGGAGCAAAUUGCAUGUCACGCAACUUAACGAAGCACUGCACAUCGACACACACUCCGAGCCGAUACCGUAUCGAGCUCUUUACCCUUACAGACCUCAGAACGAGGAUGAGCUCGAAUUGAAGGAAGGAGACACGGUCUACGUGAUGGAAAAAUGUGACGACGGUUGGUACGUCGGUUCGAGUCAGAGAACCGGCUACUUCGGCACUUUCCCGGGAAACUACGUCGAAAGAUUGUGAGAAUGAGCAACGAGCCGUGAUUACUGAACCGCAGGUUAAUUCUACCAAAGCACUAAAAUCGUUAGUAUAGACGAAACUUCGUUCGUUCACGCGUCGAUAAUAAGGGACAAAAAGAAAACAGUCUUCCUCUUAACCAAUCGCGCGACGUCAAACACGUUGCUCUCAGGGGCAACCUGAUCGUCGGUUUUACCAAAAACCUUAACGUAAAGUUACCUAAUGUGUAAGUAGUGUACGAUAACGAUUAGUUAUUUAUUAUACCAUUCACGAAGGCGAAGUCUGGCGGACGUUGUAACGUAUCAGAGCUUGAAAACAGCUAAUCUCGAUGGCUACUAAUCAAAUUGUUGAACCGGAGCCAUUGGGGGUAGCUUGUCAAUAUCAAAAGCAGCUGUUCGAGGGUCAGAGAUCGUGUGUAUUGUAAGUGGAGGUCAUAUCGAGCCGGCAGUGACUCAAGAAAUCUUCCGAUUGAUAAUUGUAGCGCAUUUGUCUUGGUUUCAAUGUAUCUGGGAUGAUGAAUAUUUUAUCAAGAUUCGUACCAAUCUCGAGAUUUUUAAUUAGAAAAUACCAGAGUGAAAUACUUCGAAGAACAACGGUUUCCGUCUGUGUUUGGUAUUGUAGAUAAAGAAAAAAACAACAGCCAUGUUAUUGUUAUAUUCAUGAGUAUUGGUAAGGGAUUUGUAAUUGAAAGUUUGCCUUCCCAAAUUAAUAUUUUUGUAAAGAUUAUUUGUACCCAGAGUUAUAUAUGAAUUAUAUAAUGUAUAGACGGUUUACAUGAUAUAGUUACGACGUGAUAGAAACAUAUAAUUAUAGAUAUCAUUAAAUGGCGUAAUUAUCAAUGCACGUGUUAAAGUGCACGCAACAUAAUCAGGAUAAGCUAAGACUUUUUCGCCGAUAUCACAAGUACCAUACUACGAGCAGAAAGGAUCGUGUCAUAUCGACAAUUUUUUUCAAGAACGUUUCGCCAGGACGAUACACCAACAGCCUGUCCCGCCCCCUCCCCUAAAAAAACUAGGAAAUAAAACUAAUGUGGAUCCACUUGGAAAUCAGACAAUACUUAUUACUAUUGUAACUUUGUAGAGCGAAAAUGAAAAACGAGCACGUAGUAAGGGCAUUAAUUCAACGAAUUGCGACUAAUAAUCAUUUCCACUGUAAUUUUGAAUCGAAUACCCAUGUCUAUACUGGUGUGUUUCAGAAUUCUAGGCACAGAGUGAACCGAUUUGUGAACCUUUUAAAAAGGAAUAAAGAAAAUUUUAAUAAA